AUGGCCGACGAACCUGCUGAUUCCGUUCCCCAGUUCGGCUUCAAGAAGCGCUCCAAACCCAAGGCCAACAUGCGCAAGAAGCCCGCCACUCCGCCGCCCGCCUCCGAUUCAGACUCUGGCUUUACCUCCUCCGAUGACGAAGAAGGCCGUCGCAUUAAGAGACGCCGCAAGAAUGUCGCCGUGACCGCUUCUUCCGCUGCCAGUGUUAGAAAAGACAAGGGUGCCGAACAACCAGCCAGUGCCGCUCCGGUUCCCUUGACCUCCAGUAACGAUGCGACCAAGUCCUCCAACUGGUACGAUGAGGAUCUCAGCGCAAAGAACCUCCUCGGGUCUACCAGAGCUCGCCCGGGAAAUCCAGACGCUGGCGACGAUGCGACUCCAGACGGAACCUACAAGGGAUCGGCCAACUACCAAUCCUUCAUCCAAAAGAACCCGGAUGCGCCAAACAAGAAGUUCGGUCCGAUCAAGGCAUCUACAAACGUGCGAACAAUAACUGUGAUGGAUUUUGCCCCGGAUGUGUGCAAGGACUACAAGCAGACUGGUUGCAAAUUCCUCCAUGCGCGCGAAGAUUACAAACAAGGCUGGGAGCUGGAUCGCGAUUGGGAAGUCGGGACCAAUGGGGUAAAGUUAAACGGAAGGGUGGUGUCGCAAAGGAAAGGUGCCGGGAAAACAGCUGAAGACGAUGAAGAUGACGACGAUGACGAAUUCCUUGAAAGCAUUCCAUUUGCCUGCAUCAUCUGCAAAAAGCCCUACAGAGACCCCAUCAUCACGAAAUGCGGUCACUAUUUCUGCGAAUCUUGCGCUUUGCAGCGAUAUCGCAAAAAUCCAAACUGUGCAGCCUGCGGAGCGGGUACUGGAGGGGUUUUCAACGUUGCGAAGAAGCUUAAUGCGCUCCUGGAUAAGAAACGCGAACGGGCGCGCAAGGCACGCGAAAAGGCAAUUGCCGAGGGAGAGGAGGUCAGCGAUGAGGAGGAGGAGGGGGACGAUUGA